AUGGAUGUCAAAACCGCUUUCCUUAAUGGAAAGUUGGCUGAGGAUGUUUACAUGGCUCAGCCAGAGGGUUUUGUCGAUCCAAAAUACCCUAAUAGAGUGUGUAAGCUUGAGAAAUCCAUUUAUGGAUUGAAACAAGCAUCUCGCAGAUGGAAUCUUUGCUUUGAUAAGAAAGUCAAAGAGUUUGGCUUCUCUAGGAGUGAGGAUGAGUCUUGUGUGUAUGUCAGGGCUAGUGGGAGUAUAGUCAGCUUUUUGGUGUUGUAUGUGGAUGACAUACUUCUCAUAGGAAAUGACAUCCCAACUUUGCAGGAGGUUAAGUCCUGGCUUGGGAAGUGUUUCGCUAUGAAGGACCUUGGGGAAGCUGCCUAUAUCAUAGGGAUAAGGAUAUUGAGAGAUAGGAGUAAGAGACUAAUUGGACUUAGUCAGAGUACUUAUGUGGAUAAGGUACUGAAGAGGUUCAGUAUGCAAGAUUCCAAGAAAGGAGAAUUACCAAUCCAGAGUAAUGCCAAGCUAAGUAAGACUCAGAGUCCGAGUACAGAGGCUGAGAUAGCUGAGAUGAGUCAUAUACCAUAUGCUUCUGCGGUGGGCUCAAUCAUGUAUGCUAUGACCUGUACUCGCCCUGAUGUGGCCUUUGCUUUGAGCAUGGUCAGUAGAUAUCAAGGGAACCCUGGCAAGGCUCACUGGACUGCGGUAAAGAACAUUCUCAAGUAUCUACGGAGGACUAAGGACUGGGUCCUUACCCUCGGAGGCAGUGAUGACUUGAGAGUGGAAGGAUAUAGCGAUGCUAGCUUUCAGACUGAUAGGGAUAAUUUCCGCUCUCAGUCAGGCUGGGUCUUUAUCCUUAAUGGAGGGGCAAUUACUUGGAAAAGUUCCAAGCAGGAGACAGUAGAUGAUUCUACUUGUGAAUCAGAGUACAUAGCAGCGAGUGAAGCAGCAAAGGAGAUGAUAUGGCUAAAGAACUUCAUUGGAGACCUUGGAGUUGUACCAGCUAUAAAGGAGCCAAUGGAAAUUUUCUGUGACAGCGAAAGUGCGGUUGCUUUGGCUAAGGAACCAAGAGAUCACGGGAGAUCUAGGCACAUUGAUAGAAAAUACCAUUUCAUCAGACAUCGAAUAGAAGAAGGACUCCUCAUGGCUAAGAGGGUAUCAUCAGAUGAGAACCCAGCAGAUCCCCUCACGAAGGGACUGAGUAGGGUUAAGCAUUUACAGCAUGCGAGGCGCAUCGGGCUGAAGGAUGAUAUUAGUUUCAAUAAUUAG